AUGAAUCCAUUAGAGAAGGUAACGACAUCUAAAUCCUAUUGCAAGAGAGUGCAGAGAUGCGUCAAAAAAGCAGAGAUGCGUCAAAAAAGCAGAGAUGCGUCAAAAAAGCAGAGAUGCGUCAAAAAAGCAGAGAUGCGUCAAAAAAAGCAGAGAUGCGUCAAAAAAGCAGAGAUGCGUCAAAAAAGCAGAGAUGCGUCAAAAAAGCAGAGAUGCGUCAAAAAAGCAGAGAUGCGUCAAAAAGCAGAGAUGCGUCAAAAAAGCAGAGAUGCGUCAAAAAAGCAGAGAUGCGUCAAAAAAGCAGAGAUGCGUCAAAAAAUGGGCGUCCCAACAUCUUAUGCACUGACACUACUCGGUUCUCCUAGAAAGUCCCCAAAGUCCUGGAUCUAG